AUGUUGGCUAAUAUGCGUAGCAAAAGGAAAAAUUGCCAGUCAAUCACCCCAGGAUAUAUUUUGGAUUCUUUGGCAUUUCCUCCAUUGCCUUCCUGUGAUCAGCUUUCAUUUUUGUCAUCAUGGCUACAGCAUUCUGGUUCUGCUUUGCCUUGUAGCAAGGUACCAACUUCUGUUGACCCAGUUCCUUCAUAUGUUUCUUCUUUUCCAUCAGCUUCUCAAAAAGAUCAAAAAUGUCAAUCAAUUGCUCCUAAAUUCAUUUUGGAUUCUAUUGAGUUUCCUGCAUUGUCUUCCUCUAGACAAUCUUCAUUUUUAUCAUCUUGGUCUAAACAUCCUGCUCCUUGGCCUUUAGCGCAGCCAUCUGUUUCAGCUUGUGCAGUCUCAACCGCUUCUCGCUCUCUUCCACCCUCUCCACCUGUGCCUCCUACUGGUCAUGCUCAAUUUCUUGUACCUAUCGUUUCCUAUAUGCCUAUGGUUCAGUUCUUGCCAUCCCAUUCUAUUACUGUGUCACAUCCUCCAUUUUAUGUACCUGUUGUUCAACCAUUUCUACCAGCUAUUGUACCUGCUGCCGUUUCCUCUCUUCCAACUUGCACUCAGUCAGUUGUUGCAUGCACUCUGGCGACCCACUGUGAACCAGAACUUGUUCGCACAUCCCCAGUCCAUUCUGAACCAGAAGCUCCUUGCAUCUCCCCAGCCCGGUGUCGGCCAGCAUGUGCUUCUAACAAACUUGGAAAAGCAAGAAUUACUAAGAUGAGUAAAAAUAUUUUUUUCAAAAUGUGACAAAAAUAUCUAUGAAAAUGUUAUUUGCAGUAUUCCUACAACAAAUAAAUUUGUAGUGUUACUAGAUGAUCGUAAAGAAGAAAAUAGGACAUAUAUAGUUAUGGCUCUAAAUAUCACUGGAGGAGGUGCCCAGAAUUUCUCAUAUUCAAAGACUUGUGAUUAUUGUGGGAAAACUUAUUUAUUAUUAUUUGCUUACGCAAUUCAAUUCAUCCAAUUCAUAUCUGUUUCUUGUAUGGUAGAGGAAUUAAGGAAAGAGCCAUACAAUAUUUUAAUUUUUAAAUCGAAAAGAAUUUUAGGCCCUGCACAUUUAGAUAAUCUGCCAAACUAUGAAAGUUAUUUUGCAUUAGAUUUACAGAUUUAAGUACAAAAGGAUAUGUUAGUUAAGCAUCCAGAUAAAAUUCUUUGUAUUGAUGCAACUCAUGGCACAAACUUUUAUGACUUUUAUCUUCUUUCUCUGCAUGUUCAGGAUGAGUAUGGUCAAGGUUAAUCCAGUUGCACAUUGUGUAACUAAUGAUUUAGAUUAUCAUACCUUAAUUGAUUUAUUUUCAAGUUUACAUUGUCAGAUUCCUGACCUGAAUGUAAAUAUUGUAAUGACUGAUGAUGAUGGUUAUUUCUUUAAAGCAUUUAAUUCUGUAUUUGGUCCAAAUAUAAAGCAUCUACUAUGCCAAUGGCACAUUUUUGUGCUUGGGAAAGGGCAGUUAUCUUCAAAAGAAUGUGAUAAGUUUUGCCAUCAAAAAAUGUUACACGGGUUAUUAAAAAUAAUAAAGGAAGUGUCUGAAAUAAAUUUUGAAAAUAAACUUUUAAUGUUUAUUGACUGCAAUUCAAAUUAAUGCCAAAAUUUUAUUGAUAAUUUUUUUAGAAAUUAUUCUGGGAGAAAAGAAUUAUGGGCAACCUGUUUUAGACGAUUUCCACAUAGUAAUACCAAUACUAACAAUUAUUGCGAAUCUUUUCGCAAUCGGUUAAAAUCAAUAUAUCUUGAGCGUAAGUAUAAUAGGUGAAUAGAUGAUCUUGUUUCAACUCUUUUGAAAAUGGAAAAGGAUUGAUUUUUAAAAUAUUCUUAUAAUGCUAUUAAUAAUAUUCCUAGUCAUUCCAAGUUCAUUAAAACUGUUAAAGACAAACAUGACAGGGCUGUAAAGAUUCAGAAUACAGAUGUCAUUGAAUAUGACAA